AUGUCCAAGGCCGCCAACACUGCGGAGCGACUGCCGCUCCGUGAGCGUCGCCCCUCGACCGGAGCCCCCAUCGUCGACAUUCAGGGAUCUGUGGGCCCCGCAGGUAUCUCUCGUCCGAAGCACAAGCGAACGGCCACCGGCUUCGGUGCCGGCGAGAUCAAGAGCGUUGAGGCCUCCAUACCCGAGCCUCAGCGAGAGGCCUGGGCGAGGAACCAGCCUAAGGGCUUCGCGAACAAGGAUGAUUUCCAGCGCGAGGUCGUUCGCCAUGUCGAGACGUCCCUGGCCCGUAGCAUGUUCAACUGUGAUGAGACGGCUUGCUACUCCGCUACCGGCCUGACUUUCCGCGAUCGCCUCAUCACUCAAUGGAACAAAACCCAGCAGCGCCAGACAUUGACCGACGCCAAACGGGUGUACUAUCUUUCUCUUGAGUUCCUCAUGGGUCGUGCUCUCGACAAUGCCAUGCUCAAUGUGGGGAUGAAGGACAUUGCCAAGUCCGGUCUCAGCGAUCUUGGUUUCCGCAUCGAAGACAUCAUCGAGCAAGAGCACGAUGCUGCUCUCGGAAACGGAGGUCUCGGUCGUCUGGCUGCUUGCUUCCUCGACAGUCUGGCCUCACUCAACUACCCCGCCUGGGGUUACGGUCUGCGCUACCGCUACGGUAUCUUCAAGCAGGAGAUCAUCGAUGGGUAUCAGGUCGAGGUUCCCGAUUACUGGCUUGACUUCAACCCUUGGGAAUUUCCCCGCCACGACGUCACUGUCGAUAUUCAAUUCUACGGCCAUGUCAAUAAGUCAAGCGACGAGAACGGCAAAUCGAUUGCUCACUGGGAGGGCGGCGAGACAGUCCAGGCUGUUGCCUAUGAUGUGCCCAUCCCUGGCUAUGCGACCCCGUCCACCAAUAACCUUCGGCUGUGGUCGAGCAAGGCUGCCAGCGGCGAGUUCGAUUUCCAAAAGUUCAACAGUGGUGACUACGAAAGCUCCGUCGCCGACCAGCAGCGAGCCGAAACGAUCAGUGCCGUCCUGUACCCCAACGACAACCUGGAGAGGGGCAAGGAGUUGCGUCUGAAGCAGCAAUACUUCUGGGUUGCUGCAUCUCUCUACGACAUUGUCCGUCGCUUCAAGAAGACGAAGCGUGCUUGGAAGGAGUUCCCCGAUCAAGUCGCCAUUCAACUCAACGACACGCACCCCACCCUAGCCAUCGUUGAGCUGCAGCGCAUCCUGAUUGACCUUGAGAAGCUCGAAUGGGAUGAGGCCUGGGACAUCGUCACGGCCACUUUCGGCUACACCAACCACACCGUGCUGCCUGAGGCUCUGGAGAAGUGGUCCGUCGGUCUCAUUCAGAAUCUCCUGCCCCGACACCUGCAGAUCAUAUACGACAUCAACCUGUAUUUCCUCCAGGCUGUCGAGAAGAAGUUCCCUGGCGACCGCGAACUCCUCAGCAGGGUGUCCAUCAUAGAAGAAUCACAGCCCAAGAUGGUUCGCAUGGCGUAUCUUGCUGUUGUCGGCUCUCACAAGGUCAACGGCGUGGCUGAACUGCACUCCGAUCUCAUCAAGACGACUAUCUUCAAGGAUUUCGUCAACAUUUACGGCCCAGACAAGUUCACGAACGUCACGAAUGCAAUUACGCCCCGGCGCUGGCUCCACCAGGCCAACCCUCGCCUGUCCGACUUGAUUGCGGCUCGCACGGGCAGCAACGAGUAUCUCAAAGACUUGACCCAACUCAACAAACUGGAACAAUUUGUGAACGACAAAGAAUUCCGCAAGGAGUGGGCUGAGAUCAAAUACGCCAACAAGGUUCGCCUAGCCAAGUACAUCAAGUCAACCACUGGUGUCAGCGUCAACCCGGCGGCACUCUUUGACGUACAGGUUAAGCGUAUCCACGAGUACAAGCGCCAGCAGAUGAACAUCUUUGGUGUCAUUCAUCGCUACCUCACCCUCAAGGCCAUGACGCCAGAGGAGCGCAAGAAACAGCAGCCGCGUGUGUCCAUCUUUGGUGGCAAGGCUGCACCCGGUUACUGGAUGGCAAAGCAGAUCAUUCAUCUGGUCAACAACGUUGGCGCCGUUGUCAACGUGGACGAAGAUAUUGGCGAUCUUCUCAAGGUCAUUUUCCUCGAGGACUACAAUGUCAGCAAGGCCGAGAUGAUCAUCCCCGCGUCUGAUCUCAGCGAGCACAUCUCCACAGCUGGCACAGAAGCGUCUGGUACGAGCAACAUGAAGUUCGUCCUCAAUGGCGGAUUGAUCAUUGGCACCUGCGACGGUGCCAACAUCGAGAUUACGCGCGAGAUUGGCGAGAACAACAUCUUCCUCUUCGGCAACCUGGCCGAAGAUGUCGAGGAUCUGCGCCACGCGCACAACUACGGCUCCCACUCGCUCGACUCGGACCUGGUCAAGGUGUUCUCCGAGAUUGAGAAGGGUACAUUCGGAUCGCCGCACGACUUUGGAGCUCUAGUCUCGGCGGUACGCGAUCACGGCGACUACUAUCUCACUUCGGAUGACUUCCAUAGCUACAUCGAGACGCAUGCGCUCGUGGACGAAUCGUACAAGAACCAGGAAGAGUGGAUCACCAAGACGAUCACAAGCGUGGCUCGCAUGGGUUUCUUCAGCAGUGACCGUUGCAUCAACGAGUAUGCCGAGGAAAUUUGGAACAUCGAGCCCCUGGUUGUUGACGACCGGUAA